UUAAUGUUAUCGUUGAGAAAUUAACUAAGAUUAAGUAAAUUGUGUCCUUUUAACAAGUUUUUUUGCAAUUUUGUUUGAAUAACUUUUAGUUUUUUAAUAAUGUAAUAGUGUGAACAGCAUUAUAGCAUAGAAAAAUGUUGUUUGAACAUUCAUAACCUAUAAAUAGUAGCACCUUCAAAUAUCAAAUUUGAAUAAUGUAUAUUUGUUAAAUACAUGGUAGAACUUUCGUAUAAAAAAUGACUGAAAACACAAAUAAUUCAUCCAAUAAAUCGAUAUUAUACGAAGUUUUGGAAUAUUUUGUUAAAAAGCAGGAACCAGAGAUAACAAAAUUCAAAAAUGAUUCUGUUGUUCUGCCAACGUCCGGCACAAUCAAAAAUGCCUUACGAUACCUCAACAAUAGAUAUUCUUUGCCGGAAACUAUUUCACAACAAAUCAGUUAUACCUUACCUUGGAAGUUUGCGAUAGGAGAUCAAGGACGAAUUCUUGCUAUACUACAAGAAAAUGUUAUUGAAAUCCGAAAAUCAAAGGAUGAAUAUUCAUCUGCUGUUGGAAAAGCAUCUGUGCCAAAGGAUUCUUUUCCACAAUGGAGAAAAUUAGUCUGGAGCCCUGAUGGUUCAAUUUUAGCACUUGCUUCAAGUAAUGGCUAUAUAUCUUUCUACAAUGCAUUUGGCAAUAAUUUAUUUAACAUUAGUCCAAAGGCAGUGUCUCAAAAUCCACAUAUACUGGAAGCAGGUGAUGCCAUAGCAUCAAUGUUUUUCAAAAAACCUAGAGUCAAAACUGACAAGUGGAAUUAUGAGUUUAUCAGAGUAACAUAUAGUGGAUUACUUAAAUCAUAUUGUAUCUCUGGGAGUGAAUAUGAUGAAAACCAUGAAUUUUCUUUUGGAAACUUUUAUAGACAUGGAGUUAAUUCAGUUGUAUAUAGUGAAAGACACAACUUAUUUUUUGUUGCAGGCAAUAAUGUAAAUCAAAGCUUAACUUGCAUAGCUUCUGGAAUAGGUUUAACUUGUUGGAGGACACUGAACGAUUGUCCAUACUAUAAACUUUCAGUCACAUCUCAAGAUAAUGAUAUAUACAAGGCUAGCUUCUCUAUAUGGCAAUUCAUUCCAAUUGUAAAGAAUAAAACUCAGCCAAUAAUAUUCAAAAUAAGCCUUUCUCCUAAUAAUCAAUUUUUAGUGUGCCUUCAUAUAGAUGGUACAAUUUCCAUAUGGAGUGUACCAGCACUGAAAUUACAUAAACAAUGGAAAUUAAUGGAGCAACCUAAUUAUGAUACUGUAAAUCCAUUAAAAACUAUUAAGUUGAAGAGAUCUAUUACUAAUAUAUCAGAAUUUCAGCCAAUUGAUGUAGGAUGGUGGUCGGAUAAUGCUGUGAUAGUUGCAAGGUACUCGGGUUCAGUUACUGUCUGUUCAGUCAGUCAUUUAGAAAAUUUACUAGGAUGCAGUCCAGAAUUUCUAUACAAUCAUCCUCAAAUAGAAGAAUUAGGUGAUAUAAAAGGUUUUUUAUGCUUAGAUUGUGAAGUAAUUGUGACUAGUAAUAAAAGAACUAGAGAAUCUAAUAAUGAUAAUCAGAUUUCAGAACUGUCAUCUGACAGUGAAAAAGAUGAUGAUGAGUCAAAGCCACUCACAAUUUUGAAUUACACAACAAAUUUAUUACAAAGUGCUUUGUAUUCAAUAACCGAUAUUGAGAAAUUUCAACCAAAACGAAAGAAAUCAAAAGUAUUUCAUAGAACCUACAGACUUCUAGGACUCAAAAGUACAACACCCGAAGAGCUGUAUGCUAGAAAAAUUGAACUAGAAGCAUAUGAUGAAGCAUUAUCACUUGCAAAAACAUACAAUUUAGAUCCUGACUUGGUAUAUCAAACCCAGUGGAGAAAGUCUGAAUUCUCUAUAAAUGAUAUUCAAGAACAUUUGAGUAAAGUGAGCAAAAGAUCAUGGGUACUUAAUGAAUGUGUAUCCAGAGUUCCCGAAACAUUAGAGGCUACACAAGAAUUACUUAAUUUUGGCUUGAUUGGAGCUAACUUGGAAACAUUAGUUGCUAUAGGUUUUGAAGAUAACGGUAAAUUUACUCCUUCAGAUUUGGAUGAUGGCAUUGAAAUGGAUAAAAAAAGCUCUGAAUUAAAACAGAUACAAAAAGUUAAUCAAAUACUUGAAAACAUUUCUAAGGAUAAUUUAAAUGAAUCCCAAAAAGAGUUAAUUAAGUUAAGAAAAAGACUUCUUAAUCAUUUAGAUAAGCUGCAAACCUUUCAAAUUCUUCUGGAGUCACCAACGAAAUUUAAUAAAAAAUUCUAUGAAGAAUUCAGACAACUAUCACCUUUUGAAAAUGCUAUCAAAUUAGCUAAAGAAUGUAAUCAUAGAGGAGUAGAAAUUAUGUUUACAUAUUAUGGGUCAUACUUAAUACCUCAUUGGCUAACAAUCUUGAGCUUUUUUCCUGAGACUUUGAAUCCAGAAAAAUAUCAAAAACUUCUACCACAAUGCGACUCUGAAGGUCGUUUAUUUUUACUAUAUCAACAAGAACUACGACCAAAAGAUUGGGCUGAAAGAAGUGUGUUUUCAGAUAUAAUUGAUAUAGAAGGUGAUACUACAGAACAAAUUUAUGAAAACAGAAGUGCACUUUUGGUAUACAGGAACAAAGAAUAUACACAAGAUUUAUUAAACAAAUGGUACACAGAUCGAGCAUACGAGAUCGAACGUGACAGUCGUUUAGUGGACAAUGCACUAUCUUUGGUGUAUAUUGGAAAAUCUCACAAUAUUAAUCACUUGGAAAAAUUAUUAUUUGAGUUGGAGACUUUAGAUGAUCUCGUGUACAAAGUUGGACUUGAAGAACUUUCAUUAACAAAAGUUGAAAAAAUGAGUGAUUUUGAAAAAAUUAGUCUGUUAAUGAAAAAUUCUGAUGAGAAUAAUUUUGUUGAGAACAUAAAAAGUAUGCUUUUGCCUUACUGUAGACGAAAAAAACGUUAUUUGGGCAACACAUCAGACGAUGAUUUAUUAUAUGAAUAUUUAAUUCGUUUGAGUACAGACAAUCUUUCACUCACUGUUAAAUUUUUUGAGUCUUUAAAAAUGUCUUUAGAUCCUGAAAUAUUAGAUGCUAUAAAAAAUAUAACGACAUUGGCCAUAGACUGUAUUUAUGCAUGCAGUGACAAUGAUAUGUAUUCCAAAGCAAAAGCCAUAUUUGAUGCUACAGUAAUUCACUGUGCUGGAAGAGAGGAUAUUAGUCAAGUAUAUAAAGAUCUAGAAAAAGAAUUAAAAUGUUUACAAAUUCUCAACAAAUAUGAAGUUAAAGUUCCCUUACAUUAUAUCAGAACAAGUAAAAGAAAUACUUUAGAUGCUAAAGAACUAUUUGUACAAUUGAGUGAAAGUUUCAUGAACAUAUACCCCAUGCCUACAGAGAAAAAUUGGUCACAAAUACUCAAUGAUAUGCUUGACAUUCAAGAACACACGUUUACAUGUUUGGAAGUAGAAACUUGCUUUGAAAUUUCAAUGAUAGCAAGAUUAAAAUCCAGAUCAAAAACAGCCAUACAAAGUUGUACUAAUUUAAUGGAAUUAACAAAAACAGGACGCUCUCAUCUCAAAGUGUCAUAUGAAGCAGCAAUUGACUUUAUCAUACAAGCCAGUUCUGAUUAUUUUAAUAAUUCCAAAAGUCUUAUUGAUCCUGACAUGAAUUUGGCUAAAGAAUGUCUUCGUUUAGUACCUGAUGAUAAUGGUCGAAUUAAAGAAGAAUAUGAUCUCAUAGAAUCACUAGAAAUUUUGAAUGAAUUUCACAUUAGUAUUCUACCAUUUCAAGUUAGAAUGACACGUGACAGAAUAAAAUUAAUUGAAGACUGCUUGAAUAGUCGAAAUGAUGCUUACAAAAACAAACAAAAGUUACUAAAUUUGUCAAAAUAUUUGAGAGUUGAAAAUAAAAGUAACCGACUGAGAGAAGGGAAAGUUUUAAACUUGAUAGCAAAAAAGUCAUUUGAGAUGAAAGAUUAUAAUUUUUGUUAUACAGUCAUAAAACAAAUGAUCAAAAUGAAUUACCAAGCAGCAUGGAAUAUAGCAUUGGAUAUGGCUAAUUGUGAUGAAUUCAAUGAUUUAGCAUUUCGUACUCAGUGUAUAUGGUUUGCCAUUCACAAUGGACCUAGUGAUAUGAUAGAAAAGUUUAUGAAACGUGCUAAUUUAUUGAAGGUUCAAAUGUUCAAUGCUGAUUUAGAAAAAUUGAUGCCAUUGGAAAAUGAUCUUUUGUCAGAAGAUAAUAGAGAUGGAGAAGCUGAGAAUAUAAAUAUUUACAAUUCACUGACUACAGAGAGUAAGGAAUUUGUUCCCAAAAUUGUUCAAACAUCAACUGACAUAGUUAAAAGUUCAGCUCAAAUAGUAAAAAAAUCUACAUUUGAUCUGAUAAAAAAUGCAAGCAACACUGAGUUUUGGAAGUCUAAGUUAAACUUUAAUUUUGUGGAAAGUACACUAAAAGAGAUAAAGACAGAUCAGAUUAUAGAAAAGAAAAGUAGGAAGUUUGUUCAAAAAUUUUCUAGUUUUUAUGAAUCGCUACAUGAAAAUUGUGAUAUAAGUAAUUUAGACACACAAUACUCAAAGUAUUCUCAAAUUGAUUACAAUCUUCAACUAAAACUUUGUCAGACCUUAUUACGAAUUUCUUUAUUGAGUGAAAAUGCAUCAUAUGGUAUAGAAGUUAGUGAUGUUAAUCAUUUGCUUAUUCAAUGUGCAGAACACACUCUUACAGAAGACUGUAUUAUGGGGUUGAGUUAUUUAUUACAUUUGGAUGACAACUAUUUCAUGGAUGUAAUAGAUCUAUUCGAGAAUUUGCCUCAAAUAGAGUUGCAUCAACAAAUGUUAGCCUAUUUUUGUUCAAUCAAGUUGUAUUCAAAGAUUCAUCCUCAAUCAUAUAAGGUUUUUUUAUAUGAUCCGAUUGAAUUGAUACAGCACAUGUCAAUGGUAAAAAAUGCCGAAACUGAUAGUGAUAACAAAAAAUUGAAGCAAAGGAUAAAUAUUUUGAUGCAAGCAUUGAAACAAACUCCCAAUGAAAGUUCAGUGCUGAAAGUCGAAACUAGGAAUGUUGAAAGAGUACGUGAAGCAGAAAAACAUUCUAUUAUCAAUAAAGUAAGGAAACCAUUAGAUUAUGCACAAACACAUGAAGAAGUAGCAUGGAAUAAUUGGGGUGAUGAAUGGUCUGAUAAGUCUGAUAAUAUUAGAUGUGAAGAAGACGAAAUUGUAUGUACUUCAAAUAAUGCUUCAGAUAUUACACUAAAGGAUUUCAAUGCAGAUGACUGGGGAAAUGAAUGGAUUGACAUAACCAACGAUAAACCUGCAAAGGAACAGCAAUUACUUGAUUUUAAUAAUUCAUUGAGUGUUAUUGAAAAACAAUUAGAUACAGAUGAUUGGGGUGAUGGUUCAACUAACAUACAUGAAAAUACUAAACACAAAGAAAAGCAGCAGUUACUUAUAUCUGACAUAAGUGAUCAGAAUUUAGGUAUCAUGGAAAAUGAUUUAGAUACAGAUGUCUGGGGUGAAAAAUGGCUUGAAAUACCAGAAAAUGAUAAAGGUGAAGAAAAUCAGCAGAUAUCUGGUAUAAAUAAUUCUGAUAACACAAGAAAUAAUCAAUUUGAAGAGGAACAGCAAGUAUCUGAUUUUAAUAAUUCUUUGAGCAUUUUAGAACAAAAAUUAGAUACAGAUGAGUGGAAUGACAAUUGUACUGGCAUGCCUAACAAUUCUAAAGAUAAAGAAGAGCAGCAAUCAUCUAUAGCUUGCAUAAAUAAUUCUUUGGGUAUAAUUGAUAAAGAUUCAGAUGUAGAUGGUUGGGCUGAUGAAUGGUCUGACACAACAAUAAAUGAUAAAGUUGAAGUGGAACAGCAAUCAUUUGACUUUAAUAAUUCUUUGAGCAUUGCUGGAACGAAUCUAGAUACAGAUGCUUGGAGUAAUGAACUAACUGAAUUACCAAAUGACCCAAGAACAACUAAUAUACAAGAAACUACUAACACAGAAGCAACUGCUAAUAUAGAAGAAACUAUUUACUUAGAAAAAUCUACUAACAUGGGAGAAAUUAUUAAUAUAAAAGAAACUACUAAACUUGAAGAACUUGUACAGACUGAAAAAAAUGUAGUAGAUGGUUGGGAUGAUGAAUGGCCGGAUUUAUCUUUAGAUGUCAUAAAGAAUGAAACAAAUGAAACAAUUGAUCAUGAUAAAUCACUGAUUAAUAUAGAAAGUCAUAUGCCAACUGAAAAACGCUACGAAAUUUUGGUGAAAGAAAUUUCAAAAAUACAAAAUCUUGAUGAUUGUAUGGAAGUUAAAAAGUUAUUGCUUAAAACAUCAUAUAUGAAUGAUACUGAUCUUGAUAAUAAGAAUCUUACAAUUCAAUUAAUUAGUAAAAUGAUAGAAAUCAAUAAAGUGAACAAUGUGACUAAUGAUAGACUGCUACAAGAAAUUAAAAACUUUUUACAAGAAGGAUUAAUUUCAAAAGAAGUUUUCAUUGAGUACUUGAAUAAUAAAAAAAAAAUACUUACUCCGGAACAACUUAUAUAUUUGCAAUUAUGUUCAAAAGAGCCAUCAAUUCAACAAACAGCUAUAGAUUAUAUCAUGACAAAUUAUAAAACACUUUCAUUAAAUUCAGUAAUCUUUGAAGAAAUUUUUUUUUGCAAUCUGACAUCAUUUUUCAGUGUUAGUCAUGAGUUGUAUUACAAAAUUCUCGAAGAAGUUUUUACGAAUCGAACAUUGCCGGAAAUCGAAAGUAAUGUGAAAUUGUUAGUAGAAAAUUUAGUCAAACAGAAGAAUAUACCCCAUGCUAUUGCUUUGCAGAAUCAGCUUGAGGGUAUUCCACCAGCCCUCAGCACAUAUGAAAACUGUUUCCAACUUUUAUUGCGAAAAUAAAAGACUAAAGUAUAUUAAGAUAUAUGAUUAAACAAAUUUUGUAUAAAUACAUUGCUUUGGUAUCAGUUUUUUAUUAUUUUAAAUUGUGCUAAAAGUAUAUUAGUUCACCAAUAUUAGUUAUAAUAAAAUGUGUUGUUUUUCAUCUUGAAUCGACUUGUAAAUAAUAUAUAAAUAUUUAAAUUUUAUAAUGUUAUAAAGACCAAAGUAAACAUAAUUUACAAAUACAAUAUAAUCUUUUACUAUUUUGUCACAUUGCUGAAGAUGCUAA